AGCAGCACCAGCAGCAGAGCGCACCACACACGCACACACACACACACACACACACACAGAGCAUGGCUUCGGCAGCCUGCCCUGCCUGCCCUACCUGCUGGCUGGCUGGCGGGCGGAUGGCAAAAGCGAUCCCAUGAAUGAAUGACAUGCCCCCGAAGAUCCCAGCCGUCGACGAAACACGUUAGUGGCUUUGGCUGAUCUCAACCGCCCCAGUCCAGUCCACCCCCAAAAUUGUCCCAGGGUUCCGUCGACGUUUCCCACCCCAUCAUAGCCCCAUGUCCAUAGCACUAUCCAAACAAUAUUCCCCGAAUUUGCUUUAAUGCGCGGAGAGCCCCAGCUGAUCACGGCCGAGCGCUGCUGCUGCUGCUGCUGCUGCUGCUGCUGCUGCUGACAUUUUUACUGUCGCGACCCGAGACCAGGACAAAAACAUACCAUUCUUUAUGCUUGGAGCACGUCCAGGGGGGACAGCUGCUUCUGCACAAAGUCGAAUCCAGUCUCUAUCGUUCCUCGUGGAGCUGCUCGCGCUCGCUCCUUGCGUCUACAGUAUAACCGACUGACCCGAAAGGCUGUCAGUGACCGGCCGCGCGUUUGCCCUGCUGUCUCAACGAGGCACCGCACCGCAGCGCACCGCGACACCUCCAGAUCAGCAGCGUUCCGGCAGGCUGCCUCCCAUUUCAUGCCGACGGUGCUACUGCCCGCCGUGCCGCUGCAUCCUACGGAGACCGGGUCGUUUGGGCUGCGAGGAGACGAGUCGAGUCUUUGGGGGCGCCGCAUCGCAUCGCAUCGUCUCGUCUCGUCGCCUCUCCAGUGGCGGCCGACGCGCUCACGCCAACGAGCCACCAACGUUCUCUGGAGUAUCGCCACCUGGGGCCCUGCGACGUAUCCUAGUCUGACUACAGCAAUUGCAUCUCUGGCAACUCAGCAGGGUCGAGUAGCACGGGGCCUGCGGCACGACCAGAUACGACGCCCAUCGACGUGAUCCGAUUUUGACUGGCCCCUACCCGACUUCAAGGGCCACCAGGUCGAGCUUUUGGAUUGGUUUUCGACACGAGUCUGGCUGGAGAAGCGAGAUCCGUUACACGCCGCGGUGUUUGAGCAUCCGCCUUGUGUGAAUUCCAACCCUCACAGCUCUCAGUCCCCGGUUUCCUUUCCUGCUGCUCGGUCACCGCCAUCGCCAAAGCCGGCCCACGGUUGCACUCCGCGCGAGCGUUCCGACACCGCACGGCAUCAGCCGCCAGAUUCGUGGCUUGCGGUGUCCUCGCUCGCCGGAUAGGCCAACUUCUUCCGCGGCGCAAAGGAGGCUGGCCCCUCGAGACGGGUUGUCCUAGCCAUGGCGGCCGAAUCGUCGCACAACCCAUACGCCCGAUCUCCCAACCCAUCCACAAGGUCAUACGACUCCUCGUCCGUCUCUUCUGCUACGUCGCCGCGGCCACCAUCUCGGUAUCUAGGGGGGCUUCUGGGCACGAGCGCGCGGCCCAACGCCGCGCCGAGUCCCCAGCCCAUUGGCAUGCCGUCACUGCCUCCUGUCCACCAAGGCUUCCCCCCGUACGCGUCCAUGUCCAGCUCGGUGCUCGGGCGCGAGUCUCUAGCCUCCACCGACUCGGUCAUGAGCGGCCAGGGAGGUGGCCACGGCCACUUGCCAGGGACUCCGGGCAGCCAGGGCCAGAAGAGGGCAUAUCGUCAGCGUCGCAAGGACCCGAGCUGCGACGCGUGCCGAGAGAGAAAGGUCAAGUGCGACGCCACUGAGACUACCAGCUGCUCAGAAUGUUCCAGCAGAAACGUCAAGUGUCAGUUUACCAAGGAGACGAACCGAAGGAUGUCGUCGAUAAAGCAGGUUCAGGACCUGGAGAAGCAGAUCGAGAGGGUGAAGCGCGACAACUCCAACUUGCGCAGGUUGCUCGGUGAGAGAGAGGGUCCCAUGGACAUGGAAAUGGAACCCGCAGAUCGACCAUUCACACAGCUACCCCCGGUAGGGUCCGAGCCGAAGCAGCGCAGGCGACAUCCUCCCAACCCAGAGCUGGCGAGGGCGCGGGCAAGCGUUCGCAGCCUCUCCAAGGGCAUUUGGAACCCACCAGCACAGUUUCGCCAACCUCCGCCAACGAUGCUCGACUGUCCAACCCCGGAACUCCCGCCUCAACCCGUCGUGGACCGGCUUCUGCACUCGUAUUGCAAUUCUGCGCAUACAAUGUUUCCCAUUGUCCAUAUGCCGACGUUCCAGGCCAUGGUCGACGACUUGUACCGGUCGAAUCCUCAGCGGGUCUCGUCUGCAUGGAUAUCGCUCUUCUUUGCGGUCCUUGCGGCCGGUAGUCUCUUCAGCCCUGAACCACCCACCAGCACCACCUUCUACCGGCCAGCCGAGCUCUUGGAGUCUGCCCGAAAAGUCAUGGAUCCCUGGAACAACCACCACACGCUCAACAACGCGCGGGCUUUAGUGCUCAUCUCUCUAUGCCUUGGCGAGAUGAAUUUGAAAUCCGCCGCUUGGAACUGGCUUGGGAAUGCCGUCCGCGUUGGGCAGGAUCUCGGACUCUACUCUGAGUCCGGGUCCUGGCCCGUAAUUGAGGGCGAGAUGCGGCGGCGAACCUGGUGGUCCAUUUACAUCCUCGAUAGGACAAUGGCCACGGAGAUGGGGCACCCUUUUCUGAUCGACGAUACGGACUGCGAUGUGUCUCUUCCGGCUGCCGUGGACGAUCAGUAUCUUCGUGAGGACGGAAUGCGCGUCCCGAACGGGGCGGAACCGCUGACACAUUCCCUUUUGGCCAUUAUUCAUGUCGUGCGGUCGUACUCGUCCAUGAUCAGAUCGAUGGAUGCCCUGGGACUCUCCGCCGGCCAGCUGGGCAUGUUUGACGGGCAUUUCAAGAAGUGCCUGAGCACUUUCCCUCCAGCAUGCGAUCCUAACAACACCGUGGCAUUGGCACCGCACUUUCUGGCCCCGCUGGCUUACCUAUUCCACGCGAGACUUCUCGUCCAUCGACACAACUUGUCGCCAAGCUGCUCGCCCGAAGUUCGCUUUGCCGCCAUCGAGAACUGCACGCACGUCGCCCUCGAGACAGCAUCGCUCAUCAGCCGAACCAAGUCCCCCGCGGACGGUGCGACGGCUCUGCUCGCAACCCACAUCUUCCGCUCGACACUGUUCCUGCUUCUGACCGGCUACCUCGACCACGCGACCACGCUCAUCAGGGCCCUCGCGGCCAUCGACGCCAGACGAGACAUCACCCUCUCGUGCGGACGAUACCUGUCCUUUUUCAUAUCCACCUUGGUCGCCAAACGGGCUGAACACGCCAGCUAUCUUCCACGAAGGCCCUCGGUUGACCACGCGGCACUCCUGACCUCUUUGACCCGUGACGAAGAGCUUCUGGCAUACGUAUCGGCCGAUCAACAGGCCUCGCCGCAGAGGUCGUGGCUAUGGACCGUCCAGGACAACGAGCCGCCCCCGGCCAAGUCGAGCACCGCGUCCGGCGGCGCCAGCGAGAAUGGGCUCUUCAGCUCAGAGCUCCGCACCGGCCUGACGGAAGAAGAGCGCAGGGAAUGGGGCGGCUGGGCGCGCCUCGAGGCGGCUGCUCGAGGGCUGGCCGCCGCCAGCUCUACCACCACUACUACCGCUACUACCACUGCUACUGCCCCGUGGGCGCCUCUGCCCCCGCCGCAGGUCAAGAGCGAGUCUCCCGUGGCGGCCGUCGAGAUCCAGCGCCUCUCGGACGCGCCGCGUUUCGCGUCCGACGCCAGGGGCCCGCCGCCUUCGAGCAGCAGCCCGACGUCCAACCCCGUCGUUAAGAGGGGCGCCGAACGCAUCAGCAUCGCCAACAUAAUAUGAGCGAGAGAAGUCAGUCCUUUUUUCCUGGCUGCCGUACCAGGGUUCGGGACACCCCGCCCCCCUUUUCUCUCGCAAAUACGUUUCGUUCACCCAUGGUCUUUUCCCUUUUUUACCUUUUGUCAUUCUGGAUGGGGCAUACCAGAGCUUGGAGAUACCACGGAUCAGGAUCGGAGUGGCCGUUUUGCUCUUCGUUUCCUUUUGUUUCUUCUUCUUAUCCUCCUCUCCUUUUCCCACGCGCCUCCUCCUACUUGCUAUCAUGAAAGCCUGCGCCGCCUACAUGCACGCACACCUGGACUCGGACGCCCGGGUGGUACCAUGGUGCGUGUGCAAGGGGCUUGGUUCACGGCCAGCCAUGUCUUCUUGUGCGACUCGCAAACUCCGCCCUCCCCCGCCUGCAUGCAUACACGCAUGCCCGGGUCGCCACGGAACGGGCUUUUGCUUUGAAUUUUGCUGCCGCUUUCAUAAUUAUGAUGUAUCGAGUCACGUCUUGAAGCAUAGAGCCGCAUC